CGCCCGUGUUGUGACUGGGGAGAAGGGGAGGGGUCCGCGCAGCUGGACCUGCGGUGGGUGCCGGACCUGCAACGGCGAAGAGCAACCCCGGCGCCCGCCAUGCCCGGCAUCGACAAGCUCCCAAUCGAGGAGACGCUGGAAGACAGCCCCCAGACCCGCUCUUUGCUGGGAGUAUUUGAAGAAGAUGCUGCUGCAAUUUCCAAUUACAUCAAUCAGCUAUUUCAAGCCAUGCACAGAAUAUAUGAUGCACAGAAUGAACUAAGUGCUGCAACUCAUCUGACUUCAAAGCUUCUGAAGGAAUAUGAAAAACAGCGUUUUCCACUAGGGGGAGAUGAUGAAGUUAUGACUUCUACUCUACAGCAAUUUGCCAAAGUCAUAGAUGAGCUUAGCUCUUGCCAUGCAGUACUUUCAACUCAACUUGCAGAUGCAAUGAUGUUUCCCAUUACUCAGUUUAAAGAAAGGGAUCUAAAAGAGAUACUAACUCUAAAAGAAGUUUUCCAAAUUGCAAGCAAUGACCAUGAUGCUGCCAUUACCAGAUACAGUCGGUUAUCAAAAAGAAGGGAAAAUGAAAAGAUCAAGGCUGAAGUUACAGAAGAUGUAUACACUUCAAGGAAAAAACAGCAUCAGACCAUGAUGCAUUAUUUUUGUGCAUUAAAUAGCCUUCAGUACAAAAAGAAAAUCGCUCUGCUAGAACCCUUACUUGGAUACAUGCAAGCUCAGAUAAGUUUUUUUAAAAUGGGUUCAGAAAAUCUUACUGAGCAAUUGGAAGAAUUUUUGACCAAUAUUGGCACAAGUGUACAGAAUGUUCGCAGGGAAAUGGAUUGUGAAGUGGAAAACAUGCAGCAAACUAUAGAGGAUUUGGAAGUAGCUAGUGAUCCACUGUAUCUGCCUGAUCCUGAUCCUACAAAAUUUCCUGUUCAUAGAAAUCUAACCCGGAAAGCUGGCUAUCUCAAUGCAAGAAAUAAGACAGGACUGGUGUCUUCCAUCUGGGAGAGACAAUUUUACUUCACUCAAGGUGGAAAUCUGAUGAGCCAGGCAAGAGGUGAUGUAGCUGGAGGACUUGUCAUGGACAUAGACAAUUGUUCUGUGAUGGCUGUGGACUGUGAAGACAGACGCUACUGUUUCCAGAUUACAUCCUUUGAUGGCAAAAAGUCUUCAAUCUUACAGGCAGAGAGUAAGAAAGAUUAUGAAGAGUGGAUAUGUACCAUAAACAACAUCUCUAAACAGAUCUAUUUAAGUGAAAACCCAGAGGAAAUUGCUGCACGUGUAAAUCAGUCAGCCCUGGAGGCUGUUACUCCAUCUCCUUCCUUUCAGCAGAGACACGAGAGCAUGCGGCCAGCUGUACAAUCUCGUCCUCCUGCAGCUCGUACUAGCAGCACAGGGUCACUGGGAUCUGAAUCAGCAGCUUUAUCAGCACUUUCCUUGGAUUCACUUGUUGCCCCGGACACUCCAAUACAGUUUGACAUAAUAUCUCCAGUUAGUGAAGAUCUUCCUGGUCAAGCAAAAUCUUCAGGGCAAUCAGGCAGACGCACAAAUCCUUUUGGUGAAUCUGGAGGCUCAAAAUCUGAAACAGAAGAUUCGGUUCUCCAUCAGUUAUUUAUUGUAAGAUUUCUUGGCUCUAUGGAGGUGAAGUCUGACGAAAGUCCAGAUGUUGUUUAUGAAACGAUGCGUCAAAUCCUGGCAGCUCGUGCCAUCCAUAACGUGUUCAGGAUGACAGAAUCACAUUUGUUAGUCACUUGUGAUUGCUUAAAGUUAAUUGAUCCACAGACACAAGUGACAAGACUACGAUUUCCUUUGCCCAAUGUAGUCCUGUAUGCCACACACCAGGAGAACAAGCGCCUUUUUGGAUUUGUGCUUAGAACUUCAGGAGGGAAGGCCGAGAGCCACCAAACUUCCAUCUGCUAUAUCUUUGAGUCAAAUAACGAAGGGGAAAAGAUUUGUGACUCAGUUGGCCUGGCAAAACAGAUUGCUUUUCACGCAGAACUGGAUCGAAAAGCAUCAGAAAAGCAGAAAGAAAUAGAUAGAGUCAAAGAGAAACAACAAAAAGAACUAAAUAAGCAAAAACAAAUUGAAAAGGACCUAGAGGAGCAAAGCCGUUUGAUAGCCGCUUCCAGCAGAUCGAACCAGAGCAGCGGAGAAGGACAAUUUGUAGUCCUUAGCAGUAGCCAGUCAGAAGACAGUGAUUUAGGAGAAGACGGAAAGAAGAAGAGAGAAUCUGAAGCUUAAGAUUGCCUGCUUCAUAAAAAUUGGAACCAUGGAUCUAUCUGGUGAAAUGGCACAAGUCCUACAAGAAAUGAAGUGCAGGUGGGGGGUCUGUGGUAUUACAUAAAUCACUUCAAUAUGUAGGCUCUAUUAUGCCCUGAUUUUUAAGUGAUUUCCAUUUUCAUGUCAGUAGAAUUUAUCUUCCUAUACCAGAUAAAGCAUGUUGAUGCUACCAUGUUUCUCAAAAAAAUUACAUUUUCUCAAGGCUUCUCUGCAGGAUGGAGAAAAAUGUUUUGUUUUCUUUUUUUCCACCAACCUCUCUGUACAACUGACUGCUCUUGAAGCAAAAUUUAACUCUGAUUGGACUUCAGCAGUACACUAAAUUUGUUUUUUGACACUGUAGUAUGGAGAACAUCUUGCUGAAACAGACAUCAAUGUCCAAAGUACUAGGCUUUACCUAACUUGUUGCACAUAACCACUUCCAGAUUUAGAAAGAAAAGUCCUUAUUAACAUCACUGAUAUGUGCAAUACUUGUAGACAGAAAGGUCUUAUUUUUUGUUUAAUACUGCACUCCAUGAUACUGUCCUUAAUUUUUGGGUGAAUAUAAUGACAAAAGAUUUCUGUCAAUAGGAGAAAAAAAAUACACUAUCAGACCUAGGUAAGAGCUGAAGAGAAGCAGAUGCACUUUGCUGCACUGAGAGAUGGGUAAGGCAUUCUUUUCCAGAUGACAUGACAAACACAUAUAUUCUUGUAGCCCAAGUGCCACAUUCUUGACUCUUUCCUGUAGUACACCUAAUAAAAUGCUGUAGGCCUCUGAGUUGACAUUUUAUAAAACAUAUUUAGAGUUGCAGGAACAUCUUUGAAUUUCAUCAUCUGAAAACAUCUUCUGAAUCUGUAAUUGCCUUGCCACCAGUACGCUACACAUUUACUGAACGUGAGGCAAGGCUUCUUAUGUCCUCUAUGGAAAUUGCUUUUGCAAACACAAUUUAGUAGCUCUGAAGGGACUUUGCUAAUCCUCCAUCAUGGUGUCAACCCUGUAAAGCAAUUUUCAAAGCAGUGUCUGUUUAGAACUUGUAAUCUGAACUCCAUGUUCCAUACCCUCUAUAUAUUUAUUUUGUAUAGUACUAAAUAUGCAUUCACCUUUUGAUCCAGAAGAGAAAACUUGUUUGAAGAGAAAUAUUUAUUUUUGCACUAAUUACUAUAAAUACUAAAAUCCAAUGGAACAGAAGAUAUCUAAUAGUGGCAUGAAAAUAACAGGAAAUGUAGAGAGAGAGGAAUAUACUUCAAGUUAUAUAAUAACGGUUACUAGUGUUUUACAGCUCAUUGCAGGGCAUUUCUGGUGUUCAUGAAUGGAAGCAAUUUCCAGAGUAUCUCCCUGUCACUGGGUGAUCGAUAGCCCAGCCCUUCAUAGUUGGAGCUGCUCAAUGCUGAUAAAUUGAGCAAUCUCAGGACCUCCCUCUUAGAAGUCUGUAGGCGCAUGGAGGGGAUCAGUAUCUUCUGCUUUGCUCCAGGUGUGGUCUUACAUUGGCUAAAGAAGCCAGUCUCCUCCUGCCCUUUAUGCUGGAGAUAGGGAUUUCUCUGCAGAAACUCACUGCAUCCAGCUCCUGUCGCAGAGAAAGGAGCAGCAGAGGGACUGGACUGUGCAGUCUGCUGGGUGGAGGCUGCUCCUGCAGCAGGAGCUAGAGCAGCUUUGGCAGCUGGUGUUACUGAUGCCUGGGGAAGGACUUGAACAGCCUCAGAAGGGGUCCCUGUACAGCUGUCUUAGAGGAGAGGAAGGCUGGAGAGCAGACAGCCUGCACCAUCAAUUCUUGUGUUAGUCAGCAGCUCCUGUUGCAGUACGAUUUUCAUCCCCAGAGUAGCCAGUCACCUGCAGUACUAUCUGCUCUUGCUGUUGCCUAGACAGGCCAAGUCACUGUCACACAGACCACACAAUUCUGAGGCUUUUUACUAAAAAGUGGCAUUUUUAUUUCAGAGUGUCUUCUUUUCCUAGCUGUCAUCCUUAGAGACUCCUUACUCUUAGCAACAAAAAGAGAUAGGCAGCCAAUCUCAUUUUUUCCCCUUUUGUGCCUAAACAUAGGCUUACAGAUAGUAGCAUGUCAGCCAUUGUUUGUCUCUGAAAGUCAUUCCAGCUCACACUUCUUUCUCUUUGUUUUUACUCACUGAUACUUCUGUUUUCUGUCAAAUAAUAUGAGAGCAUAGCUCAAGGUUAAUGUGUCUUCUGUAAGUACAUGCUGAAGAUGAAGUUAUUUUGAAACAGCAUGGGAAGAAUAUAAAAUUAUUGGGCGCCAGUUCCUAGAGUAUAGUCCCCCAGCUUGUCAGAGCAGGACUGUGUUAACCAAUUGAGCUGCACUAACCCUGUCUCCUAAUGGAAGCAGUUAACAGAUAAGCAAUCUCAUCAGAAGUAUUUCUGAUGCAUAGCCUGAUUUGCAUUAGCCGUUUUGAAGAAAUGUCAGAACAGGGAACUGCUUCUGAAACCUACCCUUACUAGUUUAGACAUACAUCUGCAAAGACAAAGAAGAAACUGGGAGAAUGAAGUUGGCAGAUGAAUUUACUAUCAUAUGAGAUUUUUCAGAUGCAGCAAUAGAUGAUUGAAAUUAUUCCAUUUGCUUUCUGGGCUUUCCAUCUUUGCCAUUAAACAGACUGGGUUAAAAAAACAGCAUAGGAACUGAAGUGUGUUUCAUUUAUGUAGGAUUAUUCUCCACCUAAAAUAGGGGAAAUGACUGAAGAGAGCAUUUGAAGAAAAUACCAAGACUGGUAUGCAUGAAUGCAAUGUAAGGGGUGAAGGAAGGAUUAUACUUAUUUAGGAAGAGUUUCACUGGUGUAAAGUGAGCAAAACGAUACAAAAGCAUCUGAGAGAUAGGAAAUUAAAUGGAAAUGGUGCAGUAGGAUAUCAGUGGAAUAACAAUUAAGUGUUUUGCUUAAAUUGAAGUUAAAAAAAUAGCAUUCCUCCCCAGAAUCAGAAAACACUUGGUUCCAUUUUUCCUAUGGGGUUUGAACUACUUCACCAAAAAAUAUUUUUAUUAAAUGAAAAAAAAAAUGAAGUGCUCAGUGUUUUCCUUGCAAGUAUUGACUUUCAAUUUAAACACCUCAGGCUCUCCUGGGAACUACCAUGAUAGGAUUUCACCACCUGACCAUUUUAUUAUUUUAAGUAAAUUACUGUUUGGUUUCCUCUCCUGUAAUUUAUGUCUCCUAGUUAAACUUUUUUAGUUAUUUACUAUUGUCUUUACUGGUUUUUCAAGCCCUUCCAGCUGAAGCUGUAGUUUGCUUCAUGGGUAUCUGCUAUUAUUUCAGACAUCCCUGAAAAUGCUCUUUGAAGUACAUGAUUUUCAGGUGCCUUCACACAGAUACUCAAUCGACUGUGUUGUUUAGGACUAACUUGUUAGGCUGCUAAUAGCAACUCAUUGUUACUGCCACAUCAUUUCCCUGAGGUAAAGGGAUACUAAGUUUGCUACACUACGUAGAUUUACACACUGCAGAUGAAACAAGCGUUGCUGUCAGUUGUUUUGAGCUACAUACACUCUUUAUGUAUGUAAUGGCAUGAAUAUGAAAACAUAUAAAGUGCAUUUUAUUGCAUUAGAGAUAACACCUAGCAGACCUUUGUGGCCAUUAAUAGAGUCUCCAAGUUUAAAGCACAGGAAAAUUUAAUACUUAUCUGUUUAUAACAGGUUACAAAUGAGUAGUGUAAACCAAUUUGAAUUUGAUAGUCUGAUACUUCCUUAAUCUGAUUAGAUUGGAAAUUGUAUCAGGACAAUUUGACAGAAUCUAUCUACCUGUAAAGUUUAAGAGUUAAGGAACAUUGUCCCUCUGCAGUGCUGUCAGAUUUAACCUUUAAUGUGGAUGUAAACCUAGGCUGAAAACCCCCAAACAGUUGAAACUGUUUAUGAAGGUAUAAUUUAUGUACACUGAUACAAAGAAACAGAUUUGGCUCUGUUUAAGGUAAAUUAUGAUUAAUAAGUUGCACAUGAUUCAGGAGAAGCCAAUGGAGAAAACUGCUACAAUAUAGUCUCUUGUUAUUACAAAUAAUAUUUACAGAGAAAGAGAACCUGCCUCUGCUUAGUGAGUUUAGUAGAGAUACUGUCUAGUCUUAACAGCUAGAGCUGCUACUUUCUGCUCUUUCUGUUGCUGUUUUACAAAAUCUCUUGCAAGUCAGUUAGUCUCCAGGGCUUUUUGUUCAUAACCAAGCAGUAAGUUGAUGUUUUUUCCCUGCCACAGUGGUAUCUGAGUUGUCAUGACAAGAAUAAGUCAGUGUGUUAUUGUGAAUGCACUCGUAUCCCUAAUCAAGUUUAUAUUGCAAGCCAAGGAUUUUGUACAAUCUUUCAAGUAAUUUUUAUAAUAGAGUGCAGUAGUCAACUUCUUAAGAUGAUGUUCUGGAUUGGUCCUGUUUUAGUGAUGUCUAAGUGAUUUUUUUCAUGUUUGAGACUGGCUUGAACAUUUUCCUGAAUAGCUGUAUUGAAAACUUCCAGUGGCAAACUUAAGUCCACAUUGAUUGUUGUGUCUUCAUGUUGGAAAUGUGGAUAGUGAACAUAUUCUGCCAGGGCUUCAGUCAGCAUUUUGUAGAUUAAGUAAAAUCUUCAACUAUAGUAACUUUCUUGCUGGGAUUUGUACUGGUGCAAAAAUCUCCUGCAUUUUUCUUAAUACUGACUUCCAGGAAGUACCAUUGUUGGUGACAGGAUGUGUACCCUUCCAUCAAACAAAGUUGUACGAUGCAGUUUUGUCCUUGGGUUGCUAAAGUAUAUCUCAGUUCUCUUAACUGUAAUCAGGGUAGCUAGGUAACUUCAGACAAAGCUCUGGUACUUGGGAAUGCUGAUAACUUCUUUUUUUGCAACAAUCAAAGACUGAACAUUGGAAGAACAUCCUUACCAUGGCAGCUGGCUGUUCACUGCACACAACAAUGUUUAGCAGUCCACAAAGCUGUGGUUACGAUAAUGGUCAGAAUUCACAUGUACAGAGGCUAUACCAGCACAACCUGGGUACUGAUACAUAACCUUCACAGGUUCCAUUCACUCAUUACAUGAUAAACACCAUGUUCAAAGCAAUGAGUCCUAACUACAUAAUGGUUAAAUUUGUAUUUUAUAAGGUUUGUAGAUUUUUCUGGGGAAAAGCAGACUUUUGAAUUAUGUAACUGCUGUGAUAAAGAUGCAUGUACAACUAGAAAAAAAUUAAUCUAUGCUUACUUGAUAAUGAAGGAAUAAAUACUACUCAUGCCA